AUGCAAAGGAGACUUAUUCUGUUUGGAAUUUUACUCAUUUGGAUGAGUUACAAUGAAGCUAUUAUAUUCAAAUUUACAAAUGCAGUUUGCGAGUCCUAUAACAAAUCAUGGGUUGUCAUCAACAAUUGUCGACUGCGUGCAAUUAACCGAAAUAAGACGGUGCUUAACAUAAAUAUAACAUUUCUACACCCAUGCAAUGAUAUUUUUGUUGCCGUUCAACUUUUUAAGAGAGCAAAUGGCUACAAGCCGUGGCUUUUUAAGGCAACCAUUGAUGCCUGUCAAUUUACCAGAAAAUCAUAUAAUCCAACCAUUAUUCUAAUUUAUAGCCUUUUUAAGGAUUUUUCCAAUAUUAAUCAUACUUGCCCCUACAUGGGUGAUCAAAUAAUACAAGGCUUUUAUCUGCGACCGGAAAUAUUGCGCUUGCCUUAUCCAACUGGUGAAUACUUGCUGGAAAUGCAUUGGAUCUUGGACAAUAAAACAACUUUUAUUACAAACGAAUAUUUUCAAUUUACAGAAAAUUUGUUGUGA